GCAUCAGAAAUGAAACGAAUAACUAUAGUGUAGACUGGAUCUCGAGAUAAUUUUUGACGUGGUCCAACGAUUUCAGUGACAGUUGGCAAUAAAAAAAAAUUACUGUGUGUAAAUGUACGUCGUCUAACAUGCCGGGAAACAAGGAGCAGACGACCGAUGCAUGCGGCUACAGUCACGCCCUUGAUGGCGGAUACGGCUGGGUGAUCGUGUUGGGGAGUUUUCUGGCACAUUUCGUCAUAGGCGGUUUCAUGAGAUCAGGGGGUGUCAUCUACAUCGAGUUGAGAGAGAAAUUCCACGACUCUGCGGCCAACACAGCAUGGGUGAUAUCAUUGGCGGUCACCGUCCGCAUGUUGUUCGGUCCCCUGGCCAGCGCCCUGUGCAAUCGUUUCUCGUGUCGCACAGUAGUGAUGGCGGGCGGAGUUGUGCUGUGUGCUGGUGUGCUGAUCAGUGCUUUUGCUCCUAAUCUGGAAUUUCUGUAUUUCAGUUACUCUUUCAUUGGAGGUGUGGGUAGGGCCUUCAUAUAUACCCCAGCAGUGGUGAUAGUCGCUCUGUAUUUUGAAAGAAGACGAGGAACUGCUUCUGGGAUUGCUAAUGCCGGGAUCGGUUCUGGUACAUUCAUCGCUCCCCCUGUUGUGGAGAUUCUUUUUCGGGACUUUGGAUUCGCUGGUGCAUUCAUUCUCUUGGCUGCUUUUGGUUUGCAAACCUGCGUUUUCGGUGCACUUUUUCGCCCAUUAGCUGCCCAGUACAGAAUAUCUAAGCGACGGUGUGUGGAAACAGAAAUUGUAGUAACGGACGCCAUUUCCAAUGACGUUAGCAAUGGUGAUUUGGACGAUGGUGACCAUGUGGAAAAUACAGAACCCGUCAAAAAUCACCUGCGAUCGACUUUACUCCAAAACGGUGACGAGUUAACCAGAAGCUUACCAAAUAUUCUGCUAGCAAGGCGAACAGAAAAGUCGUUUGUCAAAACGCUGUCCUCAUCACUAGUACUACAUGGAGCAAGUUCGGAAUUGAUCAACUUCAGUGGAAGUGUCAAUGAGCGGCUACAGGAACAUGCUAUGUCUCGCGUGUCUUUAGGUUCAAAUGAUAGCACUGUCAAAGCAAAAAAGCCAGUGCUAUCCAAUUCACGUCCCAAACUUUUAGAUUUAUCACUUUUAAAGAAUAUCCGGUUCCUGACUUUUUGUAUCGGUAUUUGUCUGUACACCCUUUCUUUCCAGGCUUCGUACGUUUUUCUACCUCCGUUGGCCAUUCAGAACGGCCAGUCCCACAUCGAGGCGGCGUACGUCGUGUCGUCUGCCGGUGCUCUAGAGACUAUAGGGAGCAUUCUGUCGGGCAUUAUCCUCGAUCUACCGAUGGUAAAACCUCACAGGCUCCUGAUCUACAACAUAGUGUUGUUUGUACUUGGAAUUUUAACAGUCAUCAUUCCGUUUCUGAGAGUGUUCGGAUGGCUUUUAUUUGUGUGUGGAAUUUACGGGUUUCUUUUAGGAUCAGGACUCGCACAGAAAGCUACGUUAGUGGUGGACAUUUUAGGUGUGGAGCAUCUCAUCAGUUCUCUGGGCCUACUCGUGUGUUUCCAGGGGUUUGGAGUGUUAUUUGGUCCUCCAAUAUCUGGAUUUUUGAAGGACCACUUUGGUGUUUACGACCAAGGGUUUUACUGUGGCGGAGUGGCGAUGAUAGCUAGUGGAAUUGUACAAGGCCUCGGUGGCAUAAUCCACCACCAGCAAAUGCGUAGACAGCGAAAUAUAUGUUAAUUGUGUUAUUCUUAAAGUGUUCAGGGAUAAUUUUAUACACGUUAAAUAUUAAAAUAAAAUUUAUA